AUGAUUCAAAAGCCCGGUCUAAUCAGUUUGCAAUUCUCUGGAGUUUUGGCUGAUUCGUGGGAUAAUAUCACAGCCCUGGCUGACCCGAUACCUCUUCCGUGGCUCCCAAAAGACUACCCCCUUCCGGGAUUUGAAGACUGGUAUGAAUCAGACAAGAAGCAUUACGACGCGGCAGCAGAUCCGUUGAAGAUUUCCAACUUGGACGAAGACGUAAUUUCAAGUUUACAUGGCAGGCUUAAAGAUAUCAGCAUUCGUCACAUCGUAUUUCUUGUGUUAGAAUCAACAAGGAGGGAUGUCUUCCCAUUAAAGAAGGGCGGAUUUAUUUGGAAUGCACUGGCAAACUCGUUUGAGAACAAGACCAUACCGGACGAGGCUGAGAAAAUGCUUACCAGUCUUACAACUACCGCCAACUAUAUAACGGGUGACUACGACGACGGGUUUGGUCACAGAGAGCACAAGAUCCGUGGCGGACUAAUCGCGAACAAUGCCCAUACCGGAAGCGGCUACACACUUAAAAGUGUGGCUGCCGUCUUAUGCGGACUGGUGCCUGCAGCCAUAGAUUUCAAUGUUGAAUUUAAGAGUCACUUCUACCAGCCUUGCCUGCCGCAUAUUCUGCAGGCCUUGAGCACUCUAACGCUUGAUACGCGUCACAAUGACGAAGAUUUUACCUCCUUCCCAUGGCAAUCUAAGUUUAUGCAGUCUGCAGUGGGCACAUUCGACUACCAGGAGCCGCUGAUGGCGUCUAUGGGCUACACGAAAGAAAACGUUAUUACACGGGAAUACUUACAAAGCGAUGAGGCAAAGUUUGGUAAACAAAAGGUAGCUGCAACUAAUUAUUUUAGUAUACCAGAAGUGGCCCUUAAGGAAUAUAUCCGCGAUACAUUUCGGUUAGCCGAAAACACUAAAGAGCGGGUUUUUCUUUCUCACUUAACCAGCACUACGCAUCACGAUUGGGGCAUUCCGAAAUCCGAGUCAUAUAUUCCCCUAGCGGGAUCACACGAACUAGAGAGCCUAUCAUACUAUCUAAAUUGCAUUAGAUACCAGGACCGAUGGUUAAAACAGAUUCUCGAAAUCUUGGAAGAAGAGGGUGUUGCAAAUGAGACGCUGGUAGUUGUGACAGGGGAUCACGGCACGCCAGUUGCUGAGGGAGGUGUGGCAACUUAUAACAACCCUCACACUAUAAGCUAUCAGGUACCGCUUAUAUUUUCGCAUCCAGAUCUCCCACGAACUGAAAUAAACGAUGCAGUCACGUCAGUUGCAAUUCUACCAACCAUACUGGAUCUCCUCAUACAAUCAGACUCGAUAUCUACACCCGCUGGCAAGGCAGCACAAGAUCUGCUUAAGAAUUUCGAGGGUCAAUCGUUGUUACGUCCCCUGAAGAAGUAUUCAGAAGAAACUGGUCAAGGAGAUUGGCAAUUCACAGUGACAAACCCCGGUGGGACAAUGAUAUCCAUCCGUGAUGCACGUCACCCCUCUUGGCAUCUAAUCGUUCCUCUUGGUGCUGAAAACGAGUGGCGCUUCGUAGACUUAGACCAGGACCCUUACGAGAAUAAUCCAAUUAUAUCUCUUGACAUGGAUACUCUGCAAUCUGAGCUGAAUCGAAAGCAUGGAGAAGGCACCGCAAGCUGGAUUGAAGAAGCUACUGCAGUGUGUCGCUGGUGGGUUGAAGAGAAUAAAAGGCGUUGGCGCUAUGAUGAGCAUUCAAAUCAGGCAGCGCCAACAAGACGGAGGUCGGGCCUGGAAUCUUCUGUAUUAACAUAG